UGGCGCGUCAGUGGCGCAUGCGCAAUUUUGAGACUACCGGCUACUGUUUGGUCACUCAGCUGAGAGCUGCAGAGUCAGAGCGAAUGGUGCCUGUUUUUGUAGAUUAUUUUUACGUUUCCCACAUUGACCAACAAGAGACACACAUCACAACUCCAAGAUUCAAAUUUUAGGGAAAUGUGUGCUGCUGUUUACAUCCUGUCCACUGUCACUGGCUAUGUGCUCACUUCUGCACUACUUCUGAAAUGCCCCAACCUCUUACACCGGAGGAAACGAGAGCUUUUCCUCAGCCGGCACAUCUCCCAUCGAGGAGGAGCUGGGGAAAAUCUUGAAAACACCAUGGCAGCUUUUAAGCACGCUGUGGACGUUGGUACAGAUAUGCUGGAGCUGGACUGUCACCUGACUAAAGAUGAACAGGUUGUGGUAUCACAUGAUGCCAACCUUCGGAGGGCUACUGGAAUCAAUGCCUACAUCUCUGACAUGACAUACAAUGAGCUGCCCCCUUACCUCUGCAAACUGGAUGUUACAUUUCAAAGAGAGUGUUAUUGUGCUGGAGGAGAUGACAAAAGGAUCCCUCUUCUUCGAGAUGUUUUUGAUGCUUUUCCCAAUACUCCAGUUAACAUUGACAUCAAGGAUAACAAUGACACCCUCAUUAAGAAGGUUUCUGAUCUUGUAAUGAAGUAUGACAGAGAGAAUCUAACUGUUUGGGGAAAUGCCCGCAAUCAAGUUGUUAAAAAGUGUUACAAAGAGAAUCCGCGUAUCCCUGUGUUGUUUAGUCUGCCCAGAGUACUGCAGCUGUUGGGGCUCUUUUACACAGGCCUUCUACCUUUUGUUCCACUCAAAGAACAGUUUUUAGAGAUCCCCAUGCCUUCCAUUCUCACCAAAAUGAAGGAUCCUAAUGGCUUAACCCGAAGUCAGAGAUUUAUCAUCUGGUUAGCUGAUGCCUUGCUGAUGAGAAAAGCCCUGUUCAAUCAUUUGACCGCAAGAGGGAUACAGGUGUACAUCUGGGUGCUGAAUGAUGAGGAGGACUUUCAGAGGGCAUUUGACUUGGGAGCCACAGGGGUUAUGACAGAUUUUCCCACACGGCUUAGAGACUUCAUGGACAAGAAUGGCAUUUCAAAGCCUGAAUGACCUGCUGCUAGAAGCUACCUCAAAGCUUUGUACCACUAAUUAUCCUUCAAAGUGACUGACCUACCACGCCAGCUCCUUAACCUACCACACCUACAGUAUUUAUCCUGCAUGCAUUCCAGCAAUUUACUGCUCACCUGAGUGUCAAUGUCAAACAUGACAUGGAGUAUUAGUUUAACUAGUGUUUCGCUUCACAGCCACUCCUAGAUUUUGAUUUGAUCCUAUUCCAUUACAUUUUGGUGUCUUUUGCUCACUCUUGAAUAUAUAACAUUACUGAAUUACUGUAUUUGUAGGUUAAAAAGAGAUGAAUUUAAAGUGCUCUAUGUAGCCUAUCUGGAGGGUCUGCAACCUGCUUGUCUUCACUGAGAUGUUUUGUCUAGAAUAAUGUUUGGAACAUUGCAGACAAUGCAGUCACAUCUCAAUGGAGACAAGCAGGUGGAGUACCCCCCUAUCAGAAAACUUAGUGUAGGCUACCUGUCACCACUGCCUCUCACACUUGAAUGGAGAUGAAAGAAACUACUGAAGACCUUUUGGGUUUUUUGUUUUGUUUUUUAUCUCCAAAGUUUUUUAAAAGUAUCUCUAGAAAGGAGUAUUUGUUAAUUAGCCAAUUAAGGUAUUGAACUGAAUCAUUGCCACAUGUCGCUUCUACAUUUUGUUUAAAAAAAAAAAAAGUGUUUGUUGAAUAUUCUUUUGAUUUUCAACUAGCUAAAGUAAGUCAAUCAAUAUUGGCACAAAAUGAAUAACUUAUUUGACUUAAUUCAACAGAGCGGACUGAUUAGGCCUAUUAUUACCUAUUUUAUCCAAAUGUGCUGUUUAGGAAAUGAGUUCCACUGAAUGUAAAGUGUUUUUAUAUACUUAUAUAUUAUAUACUUUAUAUAUACUUGAAAAAGGAAUUUAUGUGGUAUGAUAUAAUGUGUUGUUUAUUUUAUUGGUGUUGGUUUUCAUUUAAAAAAAAAAAAAAAGAUUUGUUGCAAUGAGUAUUUUGAAAUGAGUAUUGUAAAUAUUUUAAAUGUGCACAGGACUACUUACUUGUUCAACAAACAGUUGUCAAGUAUUUUGCAGCUGAUUGGAUUCUGAAAUAGUAUAUGUUAAUUUUGUCAAUUAAAAUAGAUGUUAUGUUCUUUUCA